GAGUCACUGAAUCCAUUCCAACUCUCAUCUCCUCCAUUGUUUGGGAAAUACUUUUAGAUGGUUUCAUCAAUGAAGCAGUACAGAGAUCAGGCCGAUGCGCCCUCGCCCCUCUCCCUCUCUCUGUCCCUGGGAGUCGUCGCCGACAGCAGCAAGAAGAUGCACCGCGGCGGCGCGGACGGUGAGUUCGUGUGCAAGACGUGCAGCCGCUCCUUCCCGUCGUUCCAGGCUCUGGGAGGACACCGGACCAGCCACCUCCGUGGCCGCCACUGCCUCGCGCUCGGCCUCGCUGCGGGGUCCGAUCAGCCGGGGACCAAGAAGACGGUGGACCAGAAGCAGGCGCACCGGUGCCACGUCUGCGGGAUCGAGUUCGAGAUGGGGCAGACGCUUGGCGGCCACAUGCGCCGGCACCGCGAGCAGGAGGCCGGCACCACGGCGCAGGCGCCGCCCGUUCUGCUCCAGCUCUUCCUCUAGCUGUCGUUCAAUUGGCUUCUCUCUAGUUUUUUUUUUUUUUGAGAGAGAGUUGGCUUCUCUCUAGUUGGUUCUAUAUA